AUGCAUGUUGGCUUUCUAGGAUCAUGCCCAAACGGCAGGGCUUCGCCUAAACGCUGCCUCAAUGACAGGGAGUGUGCCGCGUACAAACCGAGCACCACUUGCCUCUGCGGUCUGUGCUGUGAAGUGGCCGCUCGCUGUCCCGACGGCAGCAGCGGGUCGAAGCACUGCUGCACCGACGAAGAGUGUGAACUCUCCUUCAGCAGCAAUUACGGCUGUUACUAUGGCUUGUGCUGCUGGAAAUCCGGCUCGUUGUCAGCCGCCUCUAAGCGCUCGCAUUUGCCAAGGCUCCACUGUAUUUCGAACGAGGAGUGCGAAACGUUUCAUAGCAGAGAUUCAGCUUGCCAUGAUGGCGACUGUAUGACGAUCCGCAAUAGGUACUCGCUUCCGUGCGAGAAUUCCGCGCAGUGCCGUCAGGCGUACGGUGGCGAGUACUCUUGCCAGGGGAGUUACUGCAGUCGGCGUGUAGUAUUAAACGUUCUCAGCAGUGACCGCCACGGCUCUGAUUGCCUGACCAGCGCGAAUUGUGAGCCAUCUUUCGUCUGUGACCAGGGCCUUUGUCGUUCUACAAGCCAUUUACCGAAUCUGCCGUGCGGUUGUCAGCUUAAACAACGCCACCAGUAA